AUGGCAGCUGCAACUCUUAACGGCUUACUGCGCCUACUUGUGACUGCAAUCAUUGCAAUAGGCUGUUUUGUGACUGUUUUCCUCAUGUAUUUUAAACCGUCAAGUAACUGGCUUGCAAAGCCCAUUGAAUCACCAACACUACCAAUUCAGAAGGAAGAAGAAGAAAAUAAGGUUCAUAAUAAGACUAUAGUUCUAUUAUGGAUGUGGCCUUUUGGUCAGUCCUAUGAUCUAGACACAUGCAGCACCCUGUUCAAUAUUGAAGGCUGUUUUUUAACAGCUGACCGAGACCUAUACAAUAAGUCAAGUGGGGUCAUCAUUCACCAUAGAGACAUAAAAAGUGAUUUAUCAAAUCUACCACCAUUGCAGCGCCCACCUUUCCAAAAGUGGGUGUGGAUGAAUCUAGAGUCCCCGUCACAUACUUAUAAAAACCCAGGUCUUGGAAAUAUUUUCAAUUUGACUUUGAAUUAUAGGCAAGAUGCAGAUAUUGAAGUGCCUUAUGGGUCAGUUGUAUUCAGCCAAGAGGAGGGGGAAGCUUUCGUAUUGCCAAUUAAAACUAAAUUGGUCUGCUGGAUUGUGAGUAACUGGAACCCUGACCAUGCCAGAGCGAGGUACUUCAAUGAAUUGCACGAACACAUUGAGAUACACACCUAUGGAAAAGCCUUUGGAGAACACGUCAAUGAUCAAGACUUCCUGGACACAAUAUCCAGUUGUAAAUUCUAUCUUUUGUUUGAGAACUCGAUUCACAAAGAUUACAUCACUGAAAAGCUGUACAACCCACUAGCUGCUGGAUCUGUGCCAAUUGCUCUUGGGCCACCUAGGCAGAACUAUGAGAACUUUGUGCCUGGAGAUGCCUUCAUUCAUGUGGAUGAUUUCCUCUCUCCCAAAGAGCUGGCUAACCAACUCACACUGCUACAUACAAAUGAAGAAAUGUAUCUGCGUUAUUUUGACUGGCGCAGACAUUUCAAUGUCAAGAGGUCACAUUUCUGGGCUGAACACACAUGCCAUGCCUGCGAUUACAUUAAAAGACACAGGGAAUAUAAAGUUUGUAAUAACCUUGACACUUGGUUUUGGGGUUGA